GAUUGUGCUUGCCUCAUCAAAGGCCCAGUGGACUGGCUCUUUGCUGCAUUUCUUCUCCCUCUUUCUUUCUCUCCCUCACCACCACAUAUUGCACUGCAACCUGGAACUCCCUGCAUAACUGAGCCGUGCAGAAGCCGGGACUAACACGAAGCAUUGACUAAGACGCAUCACUACACACACAGCAGCCCAGAAAAAGUGCUUGGCUUUAUCAUAUUAAAAUGCACAAAGGAAGACGAGUGGAGCUUGAGGAGUUAAUGACCAGAGAUUGGGAGAGAUGGUGCUAAUACUGAAAUCACAAGAGGCCUCACCAUGCUGACCUCCUCCCUGUUCCUUGUGCUGCUCUGUGGGCUUUUGGGAGGCUGGGUCCUGUCCGUCUGUCCGUCUAUGUGCUCCUGCAGUGGCGGUCACCGUGACGUGGACUGUUCUUUAAAAAGCCUAACCAAGCUGCCACAUGGCCUGCAGCACAACAUCCGUUUUCUCAAUCUCUCAUUUAACAGCUUGAAGGAUCUUGGCGGUCAGCUCAGCCGCUAUGAUCACCUGCGGAUCCUGGAUCUCUCCUACAACCACCUGGAAAGCCUGCCGUCUGUCUUGCCACGGUCUCUAUGGGACAUCAAAGCAGCGUGGAACCGUCUACGUUCGCUCGACAAGAAAGAUACAGCUUACCACUGGAACCUUAAACUGCUGGAUCUGUCGCAUAACGAACUGGAGAGAAUAGUUUUCAUCAACAACACUCUCCUUAGUGUUACUUCUCUCAACCUCAGUCACAACAGAUUUUGGACUGUCCCCACAAACAUGCCUCAUAACUUGGAAAUUAUUGAUUUGUCAUUUAACUAUUUAGUUCAGAUUCUGCCUGGCUCUUUGGAUCGUCUACCAAAGCUGGUUAAAUUGUAUUUGCAUGCUAACCAUUUCUCAGUACUGCCUCGAGGUAUAUUUGAUAAACUGAGAGCACUGAAAACAAUCACACUUGGAGAUAAUCCCUGGGCUUGUGAGGAAGAAGACAACAUAACAAGAAUCCUUAAAUGGGCAGAGCAAACUCAUGCGACUGUGUUGGGGUGUCCCUGUUAUACAACACCAGUCUGUGGACAAAGCCAUUUGGCAACAAAGGAAAGACACCUGGAUCCUGCUCCACUCACAGAGUCAACCGUGAACAAUAGAGGAGAAGAAUAUCAUGACAUGCCCACUGCAAGGAUUGAAGUGGUGACUUCUGCUUCUGAGACAAAUCCUUCACAGCAUCAGUCUGGGUUGGGGAUGUGGACCUCCUCUACAAGUUUUCACAGCGUCUCCAAGCUCACAAGCACAACAGAGCACCUGCUGUCUUCCACUGUAAAGCCCAAGAUGGCCAACUCCCGGAGCAAAAGUCAAAAAGUAUUUGCUCAGAUUGAUAUGGUGCUUCUAAACAUUUUUGUUCUAACAAUAGCAUUCAGCAUGUACUGAACUAAAGGCACUAAAUUAGACACCACAGUAUCCUUAUGCUUACAUAUGGAGUGCCAUAUGAUGCCUACAAAUGUUAGUAAUUAUGUUUGCAAUUCAAUAGUUAGAACACAAAUGCAUGAUCUAGACAUUCCUUUUGCGGGAAAUAAAAUAAGUCUAUUGAGAUCAUUUGUUAUUCGCCCUAGAAGAUUUCCAAUAAUAAUUAUAAACUUUGUUCGCCCUAGAAGAUUUCCAACAAGAUUAAUACAAAACUGGAAGCAGAACCGCAAGAAUUAUAGUAGAGCGAUAUUACAAUGUAACACGACUUCUUCUUGGAUUCCUUAGUCAAGUUUGGCUGUAAUAAUUGGUAUAGUGUAAUAUUUGAUGCAUGAUGAGGGUCUAAUGAUGAGCCAAAAGACAAAAUAAAAACAAAACAAAAAAAACCCAAAACAUUUGUUUUUCUUUCCCAGUGUUGUAUAAAGUUGGAAACUUUGACAAUAUUUUCAAUGAAAAAUGUUUCAGCAGACUUAUUUCUACAAUCAUGGUAGGAUACUGCUUUACUAGCUCCACAAGUGGAAAAUUUGCAUCGUCACAAACGAAGGAGGACAAUACAAAAUAAGAGCAGCAUAAAUAAAAAGCAGAAGAACAAACAAACAUAGAUAUAGUGUACCUAGCAAAUAAAAAUGUAUUUACAGAAAUCUUAGGCAUACAAGGUUUCCCUGGAAAACUUGCCAACAUCAGUUUUAAGGACUAAAGGGCAGUCGACCUUGUACUCUGCUGUUUGCUACGUACAGAUGACUUGGACUCUCUACUACUGAGAAACGAUUGCUUCCAGGAGGCGUGCGCUUUGAGAAACGAUUGCUUCCAGGAGGCGUGUGCUCUGUUGAACAUUGAAAUGUCACCUAAAUGCCAAUGUUGUAUGUAACACGCCAGUCGGAUGCUGUUAAGCUUACUAGAAACUCCCUGCGUCGUAAACAACCGUCCUGCACUGUGGAGAGAGCCUGAAUUAUUCUGAUUCGGAUGUAGCAGUAAUCAGUUUGGUUUCUGUCAAUUUGUCAAGAUGCAAGAGAGAGCAAAUGAAUCUUUUAUAUUUGUAAAUAAUUAAAUGUUACAUAAUUGCUGCUGUAAAAGACAGUUUUUAACUCACUAUGGCUCCAAUACUUUAUGAAAUAAAGUAUUUCAUCCUAUUUAAUACUUGUCAUAAAUACUGCCAUGUUCUACAAAUA